AUGCUGAGACUCGGGUCUCUGCGAAUCCGGCCCUUUGCGACCAGGCUGCCCAGACUUCCCUCAAUUGCAACGAUAACCUAUGGCCAGCGCGCGCUUCUGGCAAGCGUGCAGUACUCGAAUAAGCUUUCGGACACAUGGUUCGACUCAUCACAGCCCCGCAAGGACCUUGGUGGGUCAGAUGCCGACGGAAAGAAGCCCGUCGAUGAGCGAACCUUGAACCUGGGAAAGACAAUCCGAGUCCUCCAAGAACGCAUGCCCACACUGCUACAAUCCCCCCUCCCUAGUGAGAUUCUCUCCCCCCAUGUCAGCCUAGUGCUCUUCCCAACCACACACCCAAACUUGCCCACGGUUCGUGGGCGCCUGGCCUAUAUCGCAGCGCUAUGGACUUCACCCGUGGCAUGGGGCCGCCUGCCCAGCCGCGACCUCAGGCUCCAUGUGCUCAGCGAGCGCAUGCUCAACGGCGAGAGGUUAGUUGUAAAGUGGCGCACUACGGAUGUCGGCGGUGAUGAUACGGUUGGCGUGCGCGGUGGAACGACGGCGGUGGAGCAGGGAGGGUUCUGUGGGAUAUUUAUAUUUGAGUUUGAUGAGAAGGGGAGGAUACUGACGCAUACGAUUGAGAAUGCAGAGGAGGGUCUGGGCGGGGAGCAGCCGGGAGGGUUCAUUACCGUGACGGAGUGGCUACUGGGGAAGGCGAAGGGACGAACGGAGGGUGGGGGAUUGGCGUGGCAGUGCGAGAGGCGGUAG